AGUGUUCUGGGAAACUGAGUUCUCGCUCGUCAGUAUUUCCAGCCCCUCAUUCUUGUCUCCCUGUACAGCUAACAAGAUGCCGGCCGUACAUCACAAACUUCUGCUGGAGGACGCCCUUCAGGACAGUCCUCAGACCCGCUCCUUGCUGAGCGUGUUCGAGGAAGAUUCAGGGAAUCUGACCGAGUACACCAACCAGCUGCUGCAGACCAUGCAACGGGUGUUUGGAGCUCAGAGUGAAAUGGGACUGGCCACAGAGCAGCUUUCACAGCAGCUUCUUGACUACGAAAAGAAAAAUUUUGCCCUCGGAAAAGGCGACGAAGAGGUCGUCGCCACAUUACAGACCUUUGCAAAGACCGUCGGAGAGCUAAACUCGCUCCACUCUGAGCUGGCCAGCCAGAUGGCGGACCACAUGGUCUUCCCCCUGAUCCAGUUCAGAGAGAGAGACCUCACAGAAAUAAGCACUCUGAAGGAAAUAUUUGGUAUCGCCACUGAUGAGCACGAGGCGGCUAUGGUCAAGUACAGCCGACUGCCCAAGAAGAAGGAGAACGAAAAGCUGAAGGCGGACAUGGUGAAGGAGGUGGCGUACACCAGGAGGAAGCAGCACCAGGCCUCGCUGCAGUAUUACUGCGCCCUCAACGCCCUGCAGUACCGCAAGAGAGUAGCAAUGCUGGAGCCCAUGCUAGGCUACACUCAGGCGCAGAUCAGCUUUUUCAAGAAGGGCCUUGAGCUGGUGUCAAAGAAGAUGGACAAUUUUCUCUCCUCGGUGUCCAACAUGACCCAAAAUAUCCAGAAGCAGCUGGACGCUGAGGCCGAGGCCAUGCGCGUCUCGCAGAAGGAGCUGCUGUCCGUGGAAGACACCGUGUAUAUGCCAGAUAAGGAAACCGAGACCGUCAGUCGCACGCUCAUCCAGAAGGCUGGCUACCUCAACAUCAGGAAUAAAACAGGCCUGGUGACCACGGCCUGGGAUCGGCUCUUCUUCUUCACCCAGGGAGGAAACCUCAUGUGCCAGCCUCGGGGGGCCGUGGCGGGGGGCAUGGUGCUGGACCUGGACAACAGCUCCGUCAUGGCGGUGGAGUGCGAGGACAGGCGCUACUGCUUUCAGAUAACCUCGCCUUCAGGAAAGACGUCGAUGAUUCUGCAAGCCGAGAGCAAAAAGGAAUACGAAGAGUGGAUUUGCACCGUGAACAACAUCUCCAGGCAGAUCUACCUGACCGACAACCCAGAGGCCGUGGCCAUCCGGUUGAACCAAACGGCCAUACAGGCGGUCACUCCCAUCACCAGCUUCGAGAAGAGACAAGAAGGUUCUCCCAACCCCGACAGAGCCAAGCCAGGGGGUGCGCCACCUGCUGGGAGCGAUUCCCAGAAAACGGAGGCCGCUCCAGAGCCGGAGGACCUGAUCGCUCCUGGGACGCCUAUUCAGUUCGACAUCAUGCUGCCGGCCUCAGAGUUCCAGGACCAGAACAGAGCCGGGGGGAGGCGGACCAAUCCGUUUGGAGAAACAGACGAGUGUACGGCAGACAGCGAUGACUCCCUCCUGCAGCAGGUGUUCGACGUGCGCUUCCUGGGCUCCAUGGCCGUUCGCUGCGGAAACAACCAGGAGGUGAUCUACGAGGCCAUGAGGCAGGUGCUGGCUGCCCGCGCCAUCCACAACAUCUUCAGGACCACCGAGGCCCACCUCAUGGUCACCAGCAGCAGCCUCAGGUUGAUUGACCCCCAAACUCAAGUAACAAGAAUAAGCUUCCAGCUUGAAGAGGUGUGCCAGUUCGCGGCUCACCAGGAGAACGGGAGGCUGAUGGGCUUCGUGGUGGAGGGGAGAGACUGGAGCGACGGAAACGAGGAGGGAGAACCUUCGUUCAGCGCCUUUGUCUUCGAGAGCAACACGGAGGGCGAAAAGAUAUGUUACACCAUAAAUUUGGCAAAGGAGAUUACAGAAGCAAAGAAGGACCCAGAGGCUCUGGCCGAGCUGAUGAAGAACAUGCCUCUGACCAACGACGGCAAGUUUCUGCUUCUGGAGCCGGAGACGGGCGACUCCAAGAGCGGAGAGGGCCAAGAGGACCUGGAGUCUGAGGCCUAGUUAUCCUGAGAACGUUCCAGAAAAAUUAUAUAACAAAGACCAGGUUUCAUUAUGACCUCCACCUUAGGUCUAGUACUGUAACACCGUCCCAAGAGAGUAGGGGUCAUUUCCAGUCACCCUGUUCAGCCACAUCUCCACACCGUUGCUGCGCUAGACGCAGAGAUCGGGACGUGGGUUUGACCAGAAACAUCCUAAAAAAAACCCAUCUCUCCGAGGUCGUUGAAUAUCAUCUGUUCCAUGCUUACAACCUUAAAGGUCUUUGAAGUUACUGCUUUCCUUGUGCAUCACACUUUACACGGCAUGCACGUCCCAAUGUCCUCCCCUGAUGGGUAUCGGCGUGCGUACCUUCAGAGAGGUGGCUCAGUUUAGGUUUACAUUUUGUUUCAGCUUCUCUUUUCUUAGUGUGAGGGUACUCGUGUGUGAAAACCUUGUAAACUUGUAUGUAAAUUAAUCUAUUUUGGCAUUUUAUCAUAUACAAAACAAUGAUUGCACUUUUAAGGUGAAGCACUAAUUGCUACAGCUGAAGAAGCUAAAACUGUCGAAAUGAGGAAGAAGAAAAAAAAAGUUAGGAGAAUGUCCGUUGUUUUUGCUCGCAGUCACUAUAGCUGUUUAUUCUAACUACCCAUUAAACGCGGGGCAUGAGGAAAACCUUUUUCUUUGCUCUCGCUGCAGACUUCACAUCUUUAUCUCAACCGUUCCCACUAAACCGAAUUAACAUCAUGCUUGAAAUAGUUUCCGCACUACCUGUAUAAAACAAAUCUGAGGAUAAUCUGUCUGCGACGUCCUCAUUGAGAACCCCCCCAAAAAAACGACUCUGCGCUCCAUUUCUUUGAGCCGUGUGUAAAUAUGAUUUGUGAGAGUGUCUAUUUGCCGUUUAAUCUGCGUGUGUGUGUACAGGGACUGCCGCGGUGCGUGAUUAAAUGGCGCCGUUCGCUCCUGCUCCAUUUGUAGAAGAUUAAAGCCUUGUGAGUACGGAGCUGUAAUACAAGAGGAAACCCACCGCAGAUCUUCUCCAGUAAUGCAUGAAACAAUCCCCCCCCAACCAGGUACCGCGAUUUUAGGGAGGGAAAAAAAAGCCCGUUUCGCAUGUUUAUUAACGAUAAUCAAAGGCGAAGAGCUGAAAGUUGAGUUAUCUCCAGGAAUUAUUGGCUCGAUGAGAAUGUUGAGCAUUUCUGCUGUUUGAGCCCAUUCCCGCAGUUAACCUGUAAACGGGGAAUACUUUGCACAGAUAAGAAAACCUGAACCUUGAAUCAUAAAAUACAUGGCUUUGCUUGACACCGUGUUAGCAACAGUGUCAAAGGCUUACAGGCAGAAACUCCCUAAACCCAAA